CUUAACCUUGGGUUAAGUGCACAGUUCAAAAUGUUUUCGUCUCUCCGUCUCGCCGGAGUAGUGGAGAAUAAUGUUAGGAAAUUACUACUCCGUAGAUCACAUGUUAUUGGUAUUGACCUGGGCACAACAAACUCUUGCGUGUCGAUAAUGGAGGGUCAGAGUCCUCGAGUUUUGGAAGAUUCGGAAGGAAAUCGAACAACACCUUCAGUAGUUGCUAUCACUGAUUCCGGAGAUAUUCUUGUUGGUCAUCCAGCACGGCGACAACGUAUUAGCAAUCCUCAAAAUACAUUUUAUGCCACUAAGCGUCUAAUUGGUCGGCGGUUUACAGAUCCAGAUGUUCAAAGGGAGUUGAGUAAUUUCGCAUUCAGUGUGGUUAUGGGGACGAACGAAGAAGCCUCUGUGUAUGCCAAUGGCAAAGUGUAUUCACCUGCUGAUGUGGCGUCGGUCAUCUUAAAACGAAUGAAGGAAAUCGCAGGCACGUUUCAUUUUGCUCUUAUUCUCUACCACAAUAGAAAAUUAUUUGAAAACCGAUGUAAGUAAAUGCGUUAUCACAGUACCUGCAUAUUUCAACGAUUCUCAGAGACAGGCAACUAAAGCAGCUGGAAAGAUGAUUGGUCUAGAUGUUCUACGUAUUAUCAAUGAACCUACGGCUGCCGCACUUGCCUACGGCCUAGACAAAUCAAAUGAUAAAAUUGUAGCUACUUAUGACUUAGGAGGUGGCACUUUCGAUGUAUCAAUCCUUGAAAUUGAAAAGGGUGUUUUUGAAGUUAUAUCAACAAAUGGAGAUACAUUUCUUGGUGGUGAAGACUUUGAUAACAGAAUCCUCCAGUUUUUUGUAUCAUAUAUCAAGGAUAAGUAUGGAUUUGAUGCAACCGAAAAUGUGAUCGCACUGCAACGUUUGAAAGAAUCAGCAGAGACAGCGAAAAUUGAUCUUUCAAAUGCUACUGAAGUUGUGGUGAGUUUACCACAUCUCUUCACAGACUCAUCUGGACCGAGACAUGUAUCACUGAAAUUUACACGUACUCAAAUGGAAUCUCUAGUAGACGAUUUGGUACAACGGACUGUAUUACCGUGUCAAAAAGCCUUAUUAGAUGCUAAUUUAAAACCGACUCAAGUAAAGGAGGUUAUCUUGGUUGGAGGUAUGACUCGCAUGCCAAAAAUUCACGAAGUUGUCGAAACUAUAUUUGGCCGUGCUCCUAAAAUAACUGUUAAUCCCGAUGAAGCCGUUGCUAUAGGCGCUGCUAUACAAGGUGCAAUUUUAAGUGGUGAUGUUUCCGAUGUCCUGUUGUUGGAUGUAACACCAUUAUCGCUGGGAAUUGAAACAUUAGGCGGUGUUAUGACUAAAAUGAUCCAACGUAAUACAACGAUUCCAACUAAAGUAACUCAAGUGUUUACAACUGCUGUUGACAAUCAAACCCAGGUAGAAUUUCGUGUUUAUCAAGGUGAAAAAGAAAUGGUAGCAGAUAAUAUACUUUUAGGUGAAUUUACUUUGGUAGAUCUUCCACCUGUUCCACGUGGUGUUCCCAGAAUUGAAGUCACUUUUGACAUUGAUGCUAAUGGUAUUGUAAAUGUAUCCGCUAAAGAUGUUGAGACUGGAAAAAAACAAGAAAUUGUAGUCAGCGCAAAAAAGGCAACUGUCAACCGUGAACAAGUUGAACAAAAGUAUCAACUAGCUGAAGUAAUUCGUCAAACUUAUUCACUUAUUGAAGAAGUUGAAGCGAAGGUUGGCGAAUUCAAGGCUAAACUACCCACUGGGCCUACAAAUGAUGUUUUAGACCUAUUGGCUUCUACCAAGGAGAAAUUAAAGCAAAAUAGCGAAGAAUUAACUGUAUCUGAUGUUGAAAAUAUGGCUAAAAAGAUACAAAAUAUCACGUUGAAUCUUUUUACUGGUGAAACUUCUAAGAACUGAUAGUCACCUAAUGGUGUUAUUUGGACAAUAAAAUUGUCGUGUAUCUAAGAUUCAAAGAGAAAGAUCGCAUGCCUACCUAUACGUUUUUACUGUACUCAAUACAUUCAUUCUCAAGUGGACUUACUCUUUAACUAACCAAUUUAUUUUUUUUAACAAUUUUCAAUUCACUUUAUUCCCUAUCGUUUCUACAGUAUACAAAUAGUUGUAAUGUAUAUAUAGAGAGAUUGUUGGCUUGUUUCGAUUUCCAUAACUACUGCGCCUUAAUUGAAAUUCAUUACAUAGUGAUGUUGAAU